AUGGUUGCUCCAGACUGCCAAGUGAUCCUGAAAGGAUCAGCUAUAUACAACGUAUCACGAGAUCAGCUUGUUGAAAGAAUUGUCACAACAGGGUUAAGACGCAUUGUCAAAGUUAUGCAGGCCGACCCCCGUCCCCAGAACCACAAGAAGCAACAACCCAACAACUACCCUCGCUGCAGCCAUCACAUGUUACAUCACCUACCUCGCAAGCUAAUUCUCAUUGCCAACAAACAAAAAGACUGUUCGAAGAAGGAUUGGUUUUGCUUAAGCAAGAGAUGGAAGAGAAAGGAGAACAUUUAUUUAUAA